UUCCCUCCCUCUCUCUCUCUCUCUCUCUCUCUCUUCCCCACCCAGCCGCUUCGCAACUUGCAGACACUUCUCUCUCUCUCUCUUCCUCUUUCUCUCUCUUCCUUCCUCGUAUCUUGUCGAGGCUUCGAAGAUGCUGAGCAUGAAUCUCUCUCUCCCUCCUCCCGUCGCUGUCUCCACAUCCAGCCGCCGCCGCGGCAAUCGCCCCAUAAAUGCCCACGCUCUUCUGGGCAGAAGCCGACAGACGCCCUCGCUCCCGUCUUCGCUUCUCGGCGGCGGACGAGACGGCGGAGCUCCGGCUCUUGGAACCGCCGGAGCUCAGAUUUGCGCCUACCCAUUUGGGUUCUCUGCGCGACCCUGUUCUCAGAUCCAAGAUCCGAGCUCAAAAGCCUCGCCUUUCGAUCGAUUCGUCUCGCUCCGCAAUGGGUUGUCCGCCAGAUCUCUCGUCCCCAAGGCGGCAGCCGAAGCCAGCCCGGAGGGCGAGGCAGAGGCCGGCGCCGGAGCCGAGGCGGAAGCGGCGGUGUCGAAGCCGAACAAGACCCUCCAGCUCGGCGUCAUCUUCGGGCUCUGGUACUUCCAGAACAUCGUCUUCAAUAUCUACAACAAGAAGGCCCUGAACGUGUUCCCCUACCCUUGGUUCCUCGCCUCCUUCCAGCUCUUCGUCGGCUCCGUCUGGAUGUUCGUCCUCUGGUCCCUGAAAUUGCAGCCUCGCCCGAAAAUCUCCAAGCCCUUCAUCGUCGCGUUGCUCGGGCCUGCCCUGUUCCACACCAUCGGGCACAUUUCGGCUUGCGUGUCGUUCUCGAAGGUCGCCGUGUCGUUCACGCACGUCAUCAAGUCGGCCGAGCCCGUCUUCUCGGUCAUAUUCUCUUCGUUCCUCGGCGAUUCGUACCCUCUGGCCGUGUGGCUUUCGAUCCUUCCGAUCGUGUUCGGUUGUUCGCUUGCUGCAGUCACUGAAGUUUCCUUCAAUUUCGGAGGCUUGUCGGGUGCCAUGAUCAGCAAUGUCGGGUUUGUGCUGAGAAACAUUUACUCCAAGAAGAGCUUGCAGAACUUCAAAGAAGUUAAUGGGUUGAACUUGUAUGGAUGGAUUAGUAUCAUUUCGCUGUUCUAUCUGUUUCCGGUUGCGGUUUUCGUCGAAGGAUCUCAAUGGGUGCAAGGUUACCACAAGGCCAUCGCAACUGUUGGAAAAUCAUCCACAUUUUACUUUUGGGUGUUGCUGUCUGGUGUGUUCUACCAUCUUUACAACCAAUCCUCUUACCAAGCCCUCGACGAUAUCAGCCCGCUGACUUUCUCGGUUGGAAAUACAAUGAAGAGAGUGGUGGUGAUUAUAUCGACUGUUUUGGUAUUCAGGAACCCGGUUCGGCCCUUGAAUGCACUCGGAUCUGCCCUCGCUAUAUUUGGGACUUUCCUGUAUUCUCAGGCAACAUCUGCUAAGAAAGCUAAGAAUCAAGAAGGUGAAAAGAAGAGCUAGGUUUUGAAGCAGUCAGUCUCUGCCUGUAGCUUUUUCAGUCUUUGGCCUUUGAUUGUAUUUCCAGUCAUCUUUAAUUUUGCUUUGCAGGUCAAUGAUAGUCAAAUAAAACUCUGAUACUUUUUGUCCAUGAGAUGUGUUUUUGUCCCAAAGUUGGUCGAUGGGCGCCUGUUUGAAUUGCUUAAGAAUCUGCUGAUUGUAUAGAUUCUUGGAUUGUAAUGUUGCCUUUGUCAGGCAAUCGGAAUAGCAUCUUGUGAAGUGAUUCAUUCAUACAAUGACUAUGUUGGAUUGAUCUUUGAUUGGAAGUA